UAAAACUCCACAUGAGAACUCACACUGGUGAGAAGCUGUUUUCCUGCAAUAUCUGUGAGAGAAGAUUCACACAGCAGAACACAUGAUGGAGCUCUUAGUGAAUAACUAACGGUGAAGAUGAGAAGAGUUCACACUGGUGAGAAUUCCUUUCACUGCAACACCUCUGGGUAAAGAUACGAUCAUAUGUGUUGAAAGUUUCCAUAGAAUGUAUAUUAAUGAUCAAGAAAAUACUUAAUAAUUGUUAUAUUUAUUAUUAUUAUAUUGUUGUUGUUCAAUAAAAGAACAAAUAAUGUUUUUCUUCCGGAAGUUGACAGUGCACCGGAAGUAAACAGACAGUGCUUGCAGCGUUAGCAAGGUGCAUGUUAGCAGUUAGCUGUAAGACGGUAGUGUGGUCGUUUCUCGGUUAAAUAUUCAAGUAGCGGACGCAGCAGUGACUUCUUCGGUUCAGUAUUUCAGAGACUAACAGCUGCUACUGAGGAGAUAUUCACAGUCUGUAGAAAACAUCGUCCAGUACGAAGAAGAGGUCGAUCGUCAGCGCAGACUGCUGGAGACCGGUUCUAAACCUGACAUGGAAGAACACAGAAUCGAGCUCCCACAGCAGCAUGUCUGUAAGGAGGAGGAGGUUCUCACUGACCAGCAGCUCUGUCACCAGGAGAGGAGCUCCAGUCUGGACAAAGAGGAACAAGAACCUCCACAGAUUAAAGAGGAACAGGAGGAAAUGUGCACCAGUCAGGAGGGAGAGCAGUUUGUACUGAAGCAGGAGACUGAAACCUGCAUGUUGACUCCUCAUUGUGAGGAAAGUGACCAAAGAGAACCAGAUGGUGAGCACCAGCUCCUCUCUCACAACUCUCCUGUAGCUGAGAGCCAAGAUCAUAACAGAAGAAAGCAUAUGGAUUCAGAAUCAACAGGAAAUGAAGUGCCACAGCCUCAGGAUCGUAUUUAUGAACACUGGAGUCACAAUAACAAUGUUUUCACCUAUCCCAUAUCAGAGAUUGACUCUAAUACUCAAACAAAGUCUUUCAAAUGUGACACUUGUGGAAAAGCUUUUGUGUAUGAGAGUCACUUAGCAAUUCAUCUGAGAAUCCACACAGGUGAGAAGCCAUUUUUAUGUAAAAUAUGUGGAAGAACAUUCAGUACAAUGUCCACAUUAAAAAGACAUAUGACAACUCACACAGGUGAGAAGCCAUAUUCUUGCAAAAUAUGUCGCAAAAGUUUUGUACGCACUGGCGUCUUGAAAGUCCAUAUGAGGAGUCACACAGGAGAGAAGCCGUAUAUUUGCAAAACAUGUCAAAAAUGCUUUGUAAGUAGUAGUGAUUUGAAAGUCCACAUGAGAACUCACACAGGAGAGAAGCCAUAUACUUGUCAAAUAUGUCGCAAAUGUUUUGUACGUAGUGGCAACUUGAAAGUCCACAUGAGAACCCAUACAGGUGAGAAGCCAUUUUCCUGUGAAAUCUGUGGGAAAAGCUUUAACCACAUUUCAGCAUUAAGGGAGCAUAGGAGAUUACACACAGGCGAAAAGCCGUAUUCCUGCAAAAUAUGUCAGAAAUGUUUUGUUCGUAUUUGUGAUUUGAAAAUCCACAUGAGAACUCACACAGGUGAGAAGCCAUAUUCUUGUAAAAUAUGUCGGAGAAGAUUUGUUAGUAGUAGUGAUUUGAAAGUCCACAUGAGGCGUCACACUGGUGAGAAGCCAUAUUCUUGCAACACCUGUGGGAAAACGUUUAUCGUGAAGUCAGGUUUAAAAGGUCAUAUGAGCCUGCAUACAGGUGAAAAGUUGCAUUCUUGCCAAAUAUGUGAGAAAAGUUUUGUAAGUAGUAGUGGUUUGAAAAUCCACAUGAAAAUCCACACAGGUGAGAAGCCGUACUCCUGCAACACAUGUGGGAAAAGAUUCUGUCGUUCGUCAGACAUGAAAAGGCAUCUAAAAAUUCACACAACUUAAAGACAAUUGAGCUUUCCUACUUAUUGAAUAAUUGAUGGUGCACAAGACAUCGCACUGGUGAUAAUUCAUCAAUGCAACAUCUUGAGGAAAAGAUACAUUGGAAAGACACAUUUGGAAAUGUGACCUGAGAUCAAAACCUCCAAGACUGUCAACAGGUCAGAGCCGUUCCUGAUUUAAAUUUGGUCAUUGUCACCUUCAGCACAAUAACUUUGUCCAGACACAGACCAUUACCAGUGUUUCUACAUAGUAAUCUCCAAUUUAAGUUUUUUUUUUUCUGUGAAUAUUAUUUUGUUAUUAUACUAUGUGUUUACAACAGUAAUUAUUUAUAGUUUGUAUGAAUAUCUCCAAAAUCUUUGUAAAAAAUUUAGUGCGUAUCCAUAAAAAUAUAAAUAACAUUUUAAA